AUGACAAAAAAAGAUAAGAGCAAAGGAAGCAAGCUCACCAGGUACAUGAAGGCACCCUUAAGGUUCCUGGUAAAGUUAAAGGACAUGUAUGUCAAUGGCAUGAUCCAAUGUUCUCGUGAUUUUGCCUAUGUAGAUCAUGCAACCAUGGGAUGUCCUACGCAACUUUACUCCUUUCCUAGGAGCUUCAGUGUUAACUCUACAACAUCGACCAUAAGUGAUGAUGAUUUCAAGGAACUCGUAAGGGCCGCGUCGCUUAGGAUCAGAGAUGAAAAUUGUGUUAAGUUGGGAUCAAAAGCGAUGAAAGUGCCUCGGAGUCGCAGUGUUGGAAUUGGAAGGAUUGAAGAAGACGAGGUAUGUGAAUUUGGAGUUGAUGAUAAUAUCAAAGUCGACAAGCCCCUUCUUUAUUCUAGAAGCAGAAGUUGUGCCAUUCGCAGUAGAUCAAAUAUGUUUUAA